AUGGCUUCUCUAGGGAUUCAGAUGCUGGCCAGCGCCUUGUGCCUCCUGGGUUGGGCCGGGGUCAUCAUCAGCUGCAUCAUGCCCAUGUGGCGGGUCACGGCCUUUGUAGGCAGCACCAUUGUCACCUCUCAAACCAUCUGGGAGGGGAUCUGGAUGACCUGUGUGGUCCAGAGUACAGGUCAGAUACAAUGUAAACCUUACGAGUCUCUCCUCGCCCUCAGUGCAGACUUGCAGGCAGCGAGGGCUCUCACUGUCCUUGCCAUCGCAACAGGGGGCAUCGGCCUCAUUUUGGCUUUUAUUGGGGGGAAAUGCACUCGCUUUUUGGAUGAAGAAGGAGGCGGAGUCAAGGGAAAGGUGGCCAUAGCAGCAGGGGGGGUGUUGAUUGCCACAGGGCUGCUGUGUUUGAUCCCCACAUCAUGGGCAGCAGGGGCCGUUGUGAGGAAGUUCUACAGUGCUUCCAUAGACGCCCAGCGGAGGGAGAUCGGAGCCAGCCUCUACAUCGGCUGGGGGGCAUCUCUUCUGCUGAUGCUGGGAGGAGGUUUGUUCAUCAGCUCCGCAUGCCCUCUAAAGGCCCAUAAUGAUGACAAAAGCCCCUCCGUCCGCUACCUGGUGGUCCGCUCCUCCAACGGGUCAAUCCCGACUCAUCACAGCAGAAUACCAUCAGCAAAGGCUCAGCCUGUGAGGGCCAUGUUUCCGAGGUCUCAAAGCUAUGAGGGGGAGUCCACAAAGUCUCAAAUGUACGCAAGGCCCCCCUGGGAAGAAGAGCCUGUGCUGGGCUCAAGGCAACAGUCAGAGAGAUCGUGGGCACCAUCGACAAAAUCCCAGAUGAAAAGACCCGGGUCGACUAAAUCUGAAAACAGCGAGGCCCCGUCCACGAAGUCUCAGCUGAAACGAGCGGAAAUGGAGGAUAAAUUAUCAGCCAAGAGUGACAAUGAGGAUGCUUCCUUAAACCCAGCAAAAACCUACCUAUAA